AUGGCGGAUGGGUUGUAUUUCCUGGAAACAGAAGAAGGUGAGAUCUACCAAACCUUCUGCGACAUGACCACCCACGGAGGUGGCUGGACCCUGGUGGCCAGCAUCCACGAGAACAACAUCUAUGGGAAAUGCACCCUGGGCGACCGCUGGACCAGCCAACAGGGCAACAACGCCAAUUACCCCAAAGGGGAAGGGAACUGGGACAAGAACACCACGUUCGGGACUGCGGUGGCUUCGACCAGCGACGACUACAAGAACCCUGGCUACUACGACCUUGAGGCAAGGGACAUGGCCAUAUGGCACGUCCCCAACAACAGCCCCAUGCGGGAAUGGCGGGGGUCCGCUAUCUUGAGGUACCACACCGAGACGGGCUUCUUGGCCACGGAAGGAGGCAACCUUCUCCGGCUCUACCAGCAAUACCCAGUGACGUACGGCAUCGGCAGCUGCCCGGCAAACAAUGGCCCAGUUGUGCCUGUCGUCUAUGACACUGGAAACGAGAAGCAGACCGCCUUCUACUACUCUCCAAAUUCGAGAAAUGAGUUUGUUGCUGGAUAUAUACAGUUCCGGGUGUUUAAUAAUGAGAAGGCCGCCAUGGCUCUUUGCGCAGGAAUCAAAGCCACCGGUUGCAAUACGGAGACGUUUUGUGUCGGUGGCGGAGGAUAUUUCCCCGAAUCCAGUCCGCGGCAGUGCGGGGACUAUACCGCUUUCGAAUGGGACGGCUACGGUUCCCAUUCAGGCUGGAGCGUCUCCAAAGAGUUGCUGGAGUCUGCGAUGCUCAUCUUCUACCGAUGAGUCUCUCAUGGAAGGUGGAGACCCUUCGAAACAAAGGCUUGCUCUGAGUUGUAAAAGGAAUGCAGCUUGGCCCCCUGGCUCAAUGCUUUGGAGUCUUGGGAGUUGUAGUUUGGAAAGGCACCUGCACUCUUGGGCAGAAAAGAACUCAGGAAACGACAACUCCCAGAUCCUCAAAGAACUUUGAAAACUACAACUCCCAGGUUCCCAAAAGACCCUGGGAAACUACAGCUCCCGGGAAUCCAUAGCCUUGAGCCAUGGCCAAUCCAAGUAGGGUCAAACUGUAUUCAUUUCCCUUCCUGUCUGGUUUCUUCGUCUAUAUAAAUAAAAAUGUAAUGUUCGUUUGUGGAA